AUGAUAGGGGGGUUUCGCGAAGUGAUCUUUAACGCAGAUCCUUGUCGGAGAACUCUUGAUCCCAUUGUGGUCGUGGGGGUGGGCCGUGAUUCCUUUCUGAUGACUCUUGACUGUCAGGGGCUUUUCGAUCGAUUUAUCAAUCGAACAGUCCUCACCUUUGGUGGCUCGGGGAAUGAAAACAUUUACCAGAAACAGGUGGUUGAAUUGGCGUUUCAGCGCCCGUUUCUCAUGCACAUCAUCUUGACGAUUACCGCAACACAUGACCGGUUCAUACAAGAUGGCCCAGGGUCCCACAAACAGUCCCUUGCUGAGUCUUACCAUGGUGCCAAAGGAGCUCAGUUGCUGAGCCGGAAGCUAUCGUCACAGAUCCAUCCUGAUGACCGAGAUCCCAUCUGGGCAUCUGCUGCCAUGCUCGGCAUCUCUAGUAUGACUACUCUUGAAGCCGCCGCUCCCAGGGAAGCUUGGCCAUUCAAGCCAUCCGAAUCCGCAGACCUAAACUGGAUGGAUAUGUCUGCCAGGAAAGAGGCUAUUUUGAACUUAACCGAUCCCUUCCGAGGAGACAGCAUUUUCCGGAGCAUGAAAGACACCUUUUUCACAAUCAUGGAAAGACCUGCCAGCCGCCCAAUAGAUGAAUUACCGAAGGACUUUGUCGAGCUAUGCUCUAUAAAUAACACGCCAGAUCCUGAAGAAAAUCCUUACUACUACGCCAUAUCAAUGCUCGCUGGGCUCCGGUAUCUUAAAUGCAACCGGGACUCGAUACCGUUCUGGCUGAAAUUCAUAGGCUUCAUGACGCCGGAGUUCCGACGCCUCUUAGAGCUAAAGGACCCACGUGCACUUCUGUUGACGGCAUAUUGGUAUGCGCCACUAUGUGGCUCCGUGUGGUGGAUCGCACGGCGAGCUCGCUUGGAAUGCCAGUCAAUCUGCUUGUACCUGGAGACAUACUAUAGUCAAGAGGUGGAUAUUCAGAAGCUACUCGAGCUGCCCCGUCAGGCAAGUGGUCUUUCAAAUUGA